AUGAACAUCGUCUCAAGAAAACCUGCGGAAACUUCUUGGGCUGAUGCAAAGGAAGCUCACUGCGACGCUCUGGCGGCGGAGGUGGAGCGCCAGUGUGCGGAGCUGUUGGAGGCCGUGAGCGCAGCCAGGACCCGCCUCCUCGCACAGCUUGCAGCGGAGAGAGAAUCUGCAACCAAAGUUUAUAGAGACCAGGCUGCCGGCUGCACGCGGCGUCUGCACCAAACAACGGCAUUGGUCCAGUUUUGCAUCGAAGCCAUCAAGGAACCCGAUCCCGCCGCCUUUAUGCAGAUGGGACCCCAGCUGAUCGGACGAGUGAGUGACCUCGACCUCACGUGGGACAAGGAACUGGCCUCGUCCUCCACGCGUCUCAGUCCCUACAUCGACCUUGACAUCGAACACAAGAACGCCCUCAGAGUUGUCAACGCCUUCAAUUUCGUCCAGAUGAAACCUCCCGGCACCCCUGAGUUCCUGGUGGAGGAGUGUGUGGGGGAAAACAAUAGCGUUACCGCAACGUGGAUGCCGCACCCGACCAGCAGGGUGGCCGGAUAUGUGCUCGAGAUUGACGACGGGGACGGCGACUUCAAGGAGGUCCACCGCGGGCCGGAGACCGUGUGCACCGUCGAGGGCCUGCAUUUCAACACUGUGUACCACCUCCGCGUCAGAGCCUACAAUAUUUCGGGCGUCUCACCCGUCUCGAGUCCCGUGCCAAUAAGAACUUCGGCGACCGCCUGGUUUUCCCUGGACCGCACCCUCUCCCACCCGGAGUGCCGGCUGAUCGCGGGCGGCGCGGGCGUGACGUGCGAGAGCUACGAACACCGCGUGGCCCUCGCCUCUGUGGGCUUCUCUCGCGGGCGGCACUACUGGCAGUUCACGGUGGAUUCGUACGACGCCAACGCUGACGUGGUCUUCGGCGUGGCUCGGCUCAAGGUCGAUCGCGAGGGCAUGUUAGGCAACGACGUCCAUGGCUGGGCGAUGUACAUUGACCACCAGAGAUCAUGGUUCCUCCACGGCGCCGCCCACCAUGGUCGCUCUGACGGGGGCGUGGGCGUUGGCUCUACCGUGGGCGUGCUGCUCGACCUCAACCAUGGGACGCUAACCUUCUAUGUGAACGAUGAACAGCAGGGCGACGUAGCGUUCACGGACCUCGAGGGAUUGCUCUACCCGGCGGUGAGUGUCAACAGGAACGUGACAGUCACCCUCCACACGUCCCUCGAUCCUCCGCACUCUGAUUACGAUAGCCAGUCGGAUACAUGAGUGCCCGUCGCUGCCACUCUCGGUAGCACACACCUGUAGCCUCACGUGCAGCAGCCGUCCCACCCACCUGCAGUAAGAGCGGUUACAAGUGCUGCAGGGUUGAGAUUUUCGUUACGCAAGGGGGCAGAGUACACAACUGUGUCUGCUCGCGUGGGAAAAAAAAUAAAUAAAAAAAAUAGGGGAAAAUAAGAGGGAAUAAGUUAAUAGAAUUCUAAACUAGAUUUGGAAAAGGAAGGAAUAUUAACUGAAUUCGAAUCCGGAUUUGGAAGAGAAGGAAAUGUUAAUAGAAUUCGAAUCCAGAUGUCGAAGAAAAGAGAAGUUAAUAGAAUUCUAAUCGAGAUUGGGAAAAAGGAAGUGAAUAGAAUAUUAAUCCAGAUUUGGAAAAAAAAAAGGGGAAGCUAAUAGCAUUCUAAUCCAGAUAUGAAUAAAAAAGGGAAAUUUACCCAAGCCGGGAAAUAUACAGACUGAAGUGUGGGUGAGUGCGUCCAAGAACUUAUUUCUGAAUUUAAGAGAAGAAGAUAAAACAGAGGAGCUUCUACGGUGGCUGGUUAGACACAUAUACUGCCUUCGUUAUUGAGGAAUUUCACUUGUGCUCAGUAAGUAGGGUAGUAGAAUAAGGGAGAGAAAAAGACACUGUGUGUGUAUAUAUAUAUGUGCGUGUAAG